ACCUACAUACAUUGCAUCUAGAAUGAUGAAACUCUGAGUUAUUUAGGGUUUAAUUAAUUUCGCAUGUAACUGUAAAUUGUGUGUGAUAAUUGAUUAAAAAUCCAUGGCGUCUUCAUCCUCUUCCUCUUCCUCUCAUGCUCCAGCCAAGUCGUCUCAGCCGCUGCACAAUUUCGAGCUGCCGCCGCUGCUCAAAUGGAACAGUAAAGACGGGACCCACAAGCGCCACCGCUCCAUGAAGCAUGCCGUCACCGUCGCCGUCGCCUCCCCCAUGCCGCCGCCGCCGCAGGAGCCGCCGCCGGUGGUUGACGAGAGGCUGUCGCUGCUCCGGGAGGAGGCUCUGCGGCCCUUCCGCGGCCGCGAUUGGUGGGAAAGAUCGGAUGUGAUCGCGUAUCGCAGAAAUCCUCUCAAGAAAUCUUCUUCUUCUCCGGCGCCGGCCUCGGCCGAUUCCGGAUUCAAAAUCUCCGACGCCGCCGACCGGAAUCCGUCGAAGAAGGAUUACGACGUCUACCGCAGAAAUCCAUUGAAGAAAUCUGCAUUCGCCGCCGCUUCUCCGCCGAGCUUCUUCGAUUCAGGUGAGGGACAAACAUCAGCUGCACACCAUAGAAACCCUCCUCUCUUGGAGAAAUCUGCAUUUGCUUCACCAGAUGCAUUAAACCCUAAAAACCCUCUCUUGAAGAAACCUGCAUUUGCUCCUUCUCCAAAGAGGCACACUUUCUCACAAGAUCAUAAGCCCAAUCUUCACAAAAAAGCAGAAGCUGAUAAUCCAUCAAACCCUAAAACCCCACUCUUGAAGAAAUCUGCAUUCACUCUCUCCUCCAAUUCAGAAGAUAAGAAAAAAUCAUCAAACCCUACCGAAGAUAAGAGCAAGAAAUCAUCGAAGAUUGCACAGGGCGAUCGUGAAUCCCCUAAACAGAAAUCUGCAUUCGCAUCUCCGACGAAGAAGCCGCAGCUGGCCCUCUCAGAAGAGAAAAAAUCAGGCGAUGCAUCAAACCCUAAAAAGAAACCUUCAUUUGCUCCUUCCUCGUCAGAGAAAAAAUCCGAGAUCAAAAUUGGUUCCAAAAAGGAGGAAGAAAACCCUAAGAUUAAGGAGGCCGAUCUUAACGAUGACGGAGACGGCGAUGAAGAGAUCAAGGUGUGGAAUCUGCGGCCUCGAGUCGUCAAGAACAAGUCAAAGAGUAAAGCUCAGCAGCAGCUGAGGAGCGGCGGCGGCGGCGGCGGCGGCGCAGCUAAAUCUGCAGGCGGCGGCGACAAGAACGAGAAGGAAAAGGAAAAAGAAAAAGAAAAAGAAAAGGAAAAGGAAAAGGAAAAGGAAAAGGAGAAGAAGAAGGAGAAGGAGAAGCUGAGCAUUACGAUUUCUCUAACCAAACAGGAGAUUGAAGAAGACAUUUUCGCCCUCACCGGAGCAAAGCCGUCGCGCCGCCCCAAGAAGCGCCCUAAAAAUGUGCAGAAACAAUUGGAUUCUGUGUUUCCUGGAUUAUGGCUGCACUCCAUAACUCCAGAAUCCUACAAGGUAUCGGAAAAUUCUCUUAAGGGCUAGAUGGUGCAAGGAUUGAAGAGGAUCGAUGAUUAUGCUGUUUAAAAAUGCUGCUGCUCUUUGAAUUAUUACCUAAUUUAGGUAUUUUCAUGUUCAAUCUCGAGUUCUAAUUUAGUGUCUUGUAUUUUGCUUUUAAAUAAAUAGAAUUUCAGC